UGUUUUUCUUUUGUAGAAAGUAAUAUAACUCGAAAGUAAACUUUAGCCCCUUACCACUUGCAAGAGUUAGUCACAGUCACAAAACUUCUCUUAAGAGAAACCUUGUAUAUUAGACUGCUUUUCAUCAGCCAGUUGAAACGAUGUCGCUGGUGGAUUUGGGGAAGCGCUUGCUGGAGGCUGCACGUAAAGGGCAAGAUGAUGAGGUCAGAUCACUCAUGGCAAACGGAGCGCCCUUCACCACAGACUGGCUGGGAACGUCGCCCCUGCAUUUGGCGGCUCAAUACGGUCACUACUCCACUGCAGAGGUGCUUCUCCGAGCGGGCGUGAGCAGAGACGCUCGCACCAAAGUAGACAGGACGCCCCUGCACAUGGCGGCCGCGGAGGGCCACUCUAACAUUGUUGAACUUCUGGUGAAGAGUGGUGCUGAUAUCAAUGCUAAGGAUAUGCUGAAGAUGACAGCGUUGCACUGGGCCACAGAACACGGACACAGAGUAGUUGCUGAGCUGCUGGUGAAAUACGGGGCAGACAGCCACGCCCUCAGCAAGUUUGACAAGACUCCUUUCAACAUAGCCGUGGACAAAGGCAACACGGAGCUCAUGCUUCUACUGCAGGAGGCCAUGCAGAAUCAGGUGAAUAUGAACCCAGAGAGAACUGUGGUCAGUAAUACAACAUCCUCCAUGUCAAGCCCCCAGUUUAUCAUCUCAUCUGGAGGAGUGGUGAACCUCUCUGAUCUUGUCCUCUCCAACAGCAAGGCAAACUCAGGUGCCUCCGAGGGGCUGAUAGCAGCUGACACAGUGGACUCUGCAAUUCAACAUGUGGUGGGGGAAGAUGGCCAGAGAGUCAUCACCAUAGUAACAGACCAACAGGGUGGCCUGCAGCCCGGCAACCUCGGGCAGAAAUUCUUUGUCACUAUGCAGGGCCAGCAAAUGGUUGCAGUCCCAGCGGGUCAGAUUGCAGAAGAAAUUGUGACAGAAGAAUCCAAGCCUCCCCCAGUACGCAAGAGAAAACUAGAACCAGCAGUGAAUAACACAGAACCCAAACAUAUUAAGUCGGAGAAAGACAGCCGUGAGGAGUUGGAGAUGCAGCUGAAGGAGGCGAACCGUAAGGCCCAGGAGUACCGACAGCAGUUGCUGAAGAAAGAGCAGGAGGCUGAGCAGUAUAGACUCAAGCUGGAGGCGAUAGCCAACGGCCAGACAAACGGCUCCAACGGAGCAGCCCAAGAGGAGGUGGUGCUUCAGGAAGACGACGGGGAGGGCGAGGAGGAGGUCGGAGGAGAGGAGGUGGUCAUGCUUUCGGAGGGAGCCAUCAUCAUCAAAGGAGAGGAGUUGGACUCCACAGGAGGAGAACCGGUGACGUUGGUGGACACUGCGGAAACGUCUGCCGCAGACACGUCCGACAUCACCUCUUAACAGUGGAUCCAAAGACAGAAUGCUUAGAAAUCCUCAUUAAGUCUUGCAUUAAUUUAUUAUAGGUAAACUUUACCUAAGGCUUUUUCUAUAACAGCCACCUCCCCCUCCCCCGCCCCCUUCGUCUUGUUGUGGUUGAACAAACUGAUGGGGAGAAAUGUAAACAAACACUUAAAGCAGAAGACUGGUAGGAGCUGGAGGAGCUCCGGGUUUCCUGUGUGAACAGUUCAACUCACUCAGACUGAAAUGUUCAGUUCAAUACUAUGGUUGACAGUACCAGCGAUGCCUUUGGAAGCAUGAAACUGAUGGUCAGCAAUCCCAUACUGCAGCAUUCAGCCACAACGGGACGUCUUUCGGCGAGAAAAACGAGACGUUUUAUGGCGCAUCAGCCGUAACUGCACGCAAACUGACUCCAGGACUUUCUGAGUUGUCCUGUCAUUUGGUAAGAGCAAGGAUUUGAAGUGUGUGAUAUAGAUGAGGCUGUGUUUCAGAGAGCCUCCUCCUACUGUUUGCUGACCUCAGGGUUUGACUGUGAGAAUCAGCAGACUGAGGCGGGGGGGAAAUAUGGCUCGCGAGUGGGUGUCUCUUUAUGUAAUAUUUCAACAAGGUCCAUUCCAUAUUCCAUAGCAUCUGUGUAAAUGAGUGUUGCCUUUAAAUGUCAGUUGGAGUCGGCUCUCCUGCCCACUUGCCUUCGUUAUCUGUUGACGGCCGAUUAGAGCCCAACCCUAGCUCCUCCGAGAAGACGGAAAGACACAAUCUCCUCAAGUGAAAUUGUAGAAAUCAAUAGAUAUUUUAACCUUAACCCUUAACACACUACAGCUACUGAGGGUGUUCCUGUGUUUUGGCUCACACACUUGUUCUCAGUUUUCUACUUUGGUACUCGUUGCCCCUAUUGUGCCUUGAAUUGCGUACAACGCAAAUACUUGUGAACCAAGUAGGAAGUGGGGUUUCACGCAGGGGGAGGAGGAGGUUCUGGUACUUUCUGAGGACUUUAUUAGACCUCAGGGGUCUGUAAUCAGGCUGUUUUGACAGUUGUGUCCGACCUUUUAACCUCUACAUGUAGUUCCAAUGCUCUGACUCCGUGUGCAUUGAAGAGUGAUUGCGUGAAAAUAACGCAGUGCAAAUCGAUUUGAAUCUGAAGGCGAUUUUGGUACCAUGUGAGUAAUACAGGCUCUUUUCAGUGUCAACCCACGUGCUCACUCACUGUACAUCAAAGUCCUGAAUCGAGUGGAAAUGCACAAAUCAGUGGGCGAUAGAAACCCUUUAAAAGUGACUCUUUUUUAAGUACAGUUGUUUGCAUUGAGAAGACAGAAAUGUCAUUGCAAAAUUUUUGUGUGAGGGUAUAUUUUAAGUAGCCUGAAAUUGUGUAUGCAUACUUUAUAGAAUAAUAUUUAUAACUAGAGGUCAUGUUUACUUCUGCAUUACAUGUUUGUUUUUUUUAUUGAUACUGGUAAAGAUUCUUGCUUUCUGUUCCUGAUGUAUUUGUAAAGUGAACACUUACAUUCCAUUCUAGAGCAACUAUAGAUUGAAAAAAAAGUAGUGUAUCUUCUUUUGAUCUGAGUACAAUGUUGCGUUCUGUUACAAUCAGUUUUCCCAGUUCUUCUCUUUGUCUUUCAGGAUUGAUUAUUGAUCUCAAAUCUUGUAUAUAGCAGUUCUGAAGAACUGUAUUUAAUGGGCUGUAGAAUUUCUGAUUGAGUUAUUGAUGAUUAUAACACAACCUUUACUUUUGGUGGUGUGCUGUGCUUCCUGAACAUUGUCAGACAGCUCCCCCCCCCCUCUCUUUUUCACUCUGUGCAUGGUUUGUCUUAAAGUAGCUCAUGAUAAUAACAGAUAUGAUCAUUUUGAUCUGAAUAUGUCACAACUGAGUAGACAUAAGUGAG